UUGAGCAUGUUCAACCUUUCCUCACAUGUCACUGAACUCUGCUUGGGCUGGCCUUCAGGGCAUUGACCCUUAAGCAAAUAGAUAGUGUUCUCAAAAAAGCUUGAAUUCUGUUCAGUGCUUUACUAUGAUGAAAACUAAAGUUGGAAGAGGUUGUAAAACCUUUUGACUCACUCUCCGCAGUGGAGUCCAUUGUUUCUUCGUUCUUCUUCAAGUUCAUGUCCACAGGGCUGUUGGAGGACUGCAGUUACCAUGUCUGACUCAGUAAUCCUUCGCAGUGUAAAGAAGUUUGGAGAGGACAAUCAUGGUUUCGAGUCAGACAGAUCAUGUAACAAUGAUAAGAAAUCAAAGUUACAAAAUGAGAAGAAAGGUGGCAGCAGUCAAGUUGGCUUCUUUCAACUGUUUCGAUUUUCUUCAAAGACUGACAUUGGGCUGAUGUUUGUGGGAAGCUUCUGUGCAUGUCUCCAUGGAGUAGCCUAUCCCGGCGUGCUGAUCAUUUUUGGCACAAUGACAGAUGUUUUUAUUGACUAUGACACUGAAUUACAAGAACUCCAGAUCCCUGGAAAAGCAUGUGUGAACAACACCAUAGUGUGGGCCAACAGCUCCCUCAACCAGAAUGUGACAAAUGGAACACGGUGUGGGUUUCUGGACAUCGAAAGUGAAAUGGUGAACUUUGCCAGUUACUAUGCUGGAAUUGCCGUCGCGGUACUUAUCACAGGAUAUUUUCAAAUAUGCUUUUGGGUAAUUGCUGCAGCUCGUCAGAUACAGAAAAUGAGAAAGUUUUACUUUAGGAGCAUAAUGAGAAUGGAAAUAGGAUGGUUCGACUGCAAUUCAGUGGGAGAGCUGAACACAAGAUUUUCUGAUGAUAUUAACAAAAUCAAUGAUGCCAUUGCCGACCAAAUGGCUAUUUUCAUUCAGCGCAUGACUACGAGCAUCUGUGGGUUCCUGCUGGGAUUUUACCAGGGCUGGAAACUGAGCUUGGUUAUUAUCUCGGUCAGCCCUCUCAUUGGGAUUGGAGCAGCCAUCAUUGGUCUGAGUGUCUCCAAGUUCACCGACUACGAGUUAAAGGCCUAUGCCAAGGCAGGCUCAGUGGCUGAUGAAGUCAUUUCAUCCAUCCGAACAGUGGCUGCUUUUGGUGGGGAGAAAAGAGAGGUGGAAAGGUAUGAGAAAAAUCUUGUGUUCGCCCAGCGUUGGGGAAUUAGAAAAGGGAUAGUGAUGGGAUUCUUUACUGGAUUCAUGUGGUGUCUCAUCUUCUUGUGUUACGCACUGGCCUUCUGGUACGGCUCCAAACUCGUCCUGGAUGACGGAGAAUAUACAGCAGGGACCCUCGUCCAGAUUUUCCUCAGUGUCAUAGUAGGAGCUUUAAAUCUUGGCAAUGCAUCUUCCUGUUUGGAAGCCUUUGCUGCGGGGCGAGCAGCAGCCACCAGCAUUUUUGAGACAAUAGACCGGAAACCCCUCAUUGACUGCAUGUCAGAAGACGGUUACAAGUUGGAUCGAAUUAAGGGUGAAAUUGAAUUCCAUAAUGUGACCUUCCACUAUCCUUCCAGACCAGAGGUGAAGAUUUUAAGUAACCUCAGCAUGGUCGUUAAAUCAGGGGAAAUGACGGCUCUGGUAGGAUCCAGUGGAGCUGGGAAAAGCACAGCACUACAGCUCAUUCAGCGAUUCUACGACCCCAGUGAAGGCAUGGUGACUUUGGAUGGCCAUGACAUUCGCUCUCUUAACAUUCAGUGGCUUAGAGCUCAGAUUGGGAUAGUGGAGCAGGAGCCGGUUCUGUUUUCCACCACCAUUGCAGAAAACAUUCGCUAUGGCAGAAAAGAUGCAACGAUGGAAGAUAUAGUCCGCGCUGCCAAGGAAGCCAAUGCCUACAGCUUCAUCAUGGACCUGCCACAGCAAUUUGACACUCUUGUUGGAGAAGGAGGAGGCCAGAUGAGUGGUGGCCAGAAACAAAGAAUAGCCAUUGCUAGAGCCCUCGUCCGAAACCCAAAGAUCCUGCUAUUGGACAUGGCCACCUCAGCGCUGGACAAUGAGAGUGAAGCCAUGGUACAAGAAGCACUGAGUAAGAUUCAGCACGGGCAUACAAUCAUUUCUGUUGCUCAUCGCCUCUCCACGGUCAGAGCUGCAGACAUCAUUAUUGGUUUUGAACACGGUACAGCAGUGGAAAGAGGAACCCACGAAGAACUGUUAGAAAGGAAAGGCGUUUACUUCACUCUUAUGACUUUGCAAAGUCAAGGAGAUCAAGACUUUAAUGAAAAAGACAUAAAGGGAAAAGAUGAAACUGAAGAUGCCUUACUUGAGAGAAAACAGACCUUUAGCAGAGGGAGCUACCAGGCUAGCCUAAGAGCUUCCAUCCGGCAACGCUCCAAGUCUCAGCUUUCUUACCUGGGACAUGAACCUCCGUUAGGCGUUGUAGAUCAUAAGUCUACUUAUGAAGAAGACAAAAAGGACAAGAACAUUCCUGUGGAAGAAGACAUUGAGCCUGCUCCAGUUAGGAGGAUUCUGAAAAUCAAUGCUCCAGAAUGGCCCUACAUGCUGGUAGGGUCGGUGGGUGCCGCUGUCAACGGGACGGUCACACCUUUCUAUGCCUUUUUAUUUAGCCAGAUUCUUGGGACUUUUUCAAUUCCUGACAAAGAAGAACAGAGGUCCCAGAUCUAUGGUGUGUGCCUGCUCUUUGUAGCAAUAGGCUGUGUAUCUCUUUGCACUCAAUUUCUACAGGGAUAUGCUUUUGCUAAAUCUGGGGAACUCCUCACGAAAAGGCUACGUAAACUGGGUUUCAGAGCAAUGUUAGGGCAAGACAUUGGCUGGUUUGAUGACCUCAGAAAUAGCCCUGGAGCACUGACAACAAGGCUUGCUACAGAUGCUUCCCAAGUUCAAGGGGCUACCGGCUCUCAAAUCGGGAUGAUGGUCAAUUCCUUCACUAACAUCACUGUGGCCAUGAUCAUUGCCUUCUUCUUUAGCUGGAAGCUAAGCCUGGUCAUAGUGUGCUUCUUCCCCUUCUUGGCUUUAUCGGGAGCUGUACAGACCAGAAUGUUGAUGGGAUUUGCCACUCAUGACAAGGAGGCUCUAGAGGUCGCAGGACAGAUUACAAAUGAAGCUCUCAGUAAUAUCCGCACUGUUGCUGGGGUUGGAAAGGAGAAGCAGUUUAUUGAAGCAUAUGAGACUGAGCUGGAGAAGCCAUACAAGACUGCCAUCCGGAAAGCAAACGUUUAUGGGAUCUGCUUUGGUUUUUCCCAGUGCAUAGUAUUUGUCGCUAAUUCUGCUUCCUACAGAUAUGGAGGCUACUUAAUCCCCAAUGAGGGGCUCCAUUUCAGCUAUGUGUUCAGGGUGAUCUCUUCAGUUGUACUGAGUGCAACAGCUCUUGGAAGAGCCUCCUCUUACACCCCGAGUUAUGCCAAAGCUAAAAUCUCAGCUGCACGCUUUUUUCAACUGCUGGACAGACGACCCACAAUCAAGGUAUACAGUAGUGCUGGUGAAAAAUGGGACAAUUUCCAGGGGCAGAUUGACUUUGUUGACUGUAAAUUUACAUAUCCUUCCCGACCUGAUGUCCAAGUUCUGAAUGGUCUGUCAGUGUCUGUUAGUCCAGGGCAAACGCUGGCAUUUGUUGGAAGCAGUGGAUGUGGCAAAAGCACCAGUAUUCAGCUGCUGGAACGUUUCUAUGAUCCUGACCAAGGGAAGGUGAUGAUAGAUGGACAUGACAGCAAAAACGUAAACGUCCAGUUUCUCCGCUCAAACAUUGGAAUUGUUUCCCAGGAACCAGUGUUGUUUGCCUGUAGCAUAAUGGACAAUAUCAAAUAUGGGGACACCACCAGAGAAGUCCCUUUGGAGAAAGUCAUAGAGGCCGCAAAGCAGGCUCAGCUGCACGACUUUGUCAUGUCACUCCCAGAGAAAUAUGAAACUAAUGUUGGGUCCCAGGGGUCUCAACUCUCUCGAGGGGAGAAACAACGCAUUGCUAUCGCUCGAGCCAUCGUGCGAGAUCCUAAAAUCUUGCUACUAGAUGAAGCUACUUCUGCCUUAGACACAGAAAGUGAAAAGACGGUGCAGGUCGCCCUGGACAAAGCCAGAGAAGGUCGGACCUGCAUUGUCAUUGCCCAUCGUUUGUCCACCAUCCGGAACUCAGAUAUCAUUGUUGUCAUGUCGCAGGGGAGAGUGAUUGAAAAGGGGACCCAUGAGGAACUGAUGGCCCAGAAGGGAGCCUACUACAAACUAGUCACCACAGGAGCCCCCAUCAGUUGACCUGACUUGACAGCUUCAUGCACAGAUGAUGCACCAAUUACAGGAGUGUCAUGCUUUUUUUUUUUUCCUUUAAGGAGAAGUAAUGAUAUUUUACUUUUACAGACGCUGUCAUACAUUGGUAUGUGAGCUAAUUUGUAAUGACGUUCAAAAAUAAUUCAGUUUUAAAUGUUUGUCUAUAGCAAAUGACAGCAAAUUUUCAAUGUCAGUGAAAAUCCAGUGUCAUGCAGCUGCUCAGCCAUCACCCAGUGUUUUCUUCACUCAGGAGGAGCCGGUCCCAAUUACCAGGUGGGAAUUAGCAGGAAGGCAUGGACUAAAUGAGACUUGAAUUCCUCAGGGUCAAAGGACCAUCUUUUGCAUUUUGAACCCUCAGUGUACACAGAGCCUGAUCUAGAAUUGGCACUCAGUGAAUGUUUUCUGAGCUGGAUCAAGGUCAUAUGCAGUCAAAUGCUCUACCACUGAGCUGUACCCCCAGCUGCUGGAUCAAGGUCAUCUGGAGAAGAAUAGAAGGCCUGAGGACCACCUGGGUUUCUUGACUAAAAUUUUCUUUAUGUGAAAGAAGAUUCAUUCAUCUCUAAGGAUGAGAAUGAGGAAAGGAGGACUUCAAUACUCUAGACACUCUCAGGCUGAGAGAGGCAGAAAAAGGCAGGUUUUAGCAGGGGCUUCCCAGGUAGGGGUGUUGAUUUAUAGAUUCAAGGUGUGGUACAUGGAUGGUGAAGUCACCAUUUAUUACCCUAGAAUCUGCCAGUGUGACUGGAGCAGGGGGCUGUACCCCCAGCCUUGUCCUCUACACGCCCCUCCACAUUGAUUGCUGUCCUUUGUUUCUCCAAAUAACAGUGGAUUUUAUCUUGUUGUAGCUUCACAUGGUGUUAUACAAAGACGCCAGAAAUACGCUGAUGUUCACUUUAUCCUUACUCCCUUAAAACACCAUUAAAUGACAUUAAAAGAGUUAUAGAAGACAUAAAGUUACAAAAAUAAAGAAGACAAAAUAAUGACAGCAACAUAACUUUUGAAGCCAGGAAGCAAAUGGACAACUGAUAAUGGGUUAGAAGAGGAAAGGGUUAGAAGGGGAAGCCUAGGAAAAUCUGUUUUGUGCCACAGACCCCAGAAAGACUCAGGUGUAAAGACACUGGAUCCUUCUGGUGGAGAGCAGGGAGGGCAGAAAAUGGGGUUGAAAUCCUGUAUAGAAACAAAAGUGCAUACUCCCCUCUUGUAGUAGGAGGGCCACCCUUUCCCAAUCCGAUGGCCACGCUUUCACAGUCCCAGCAGAAGACUGGCUAUUCCCUCUCUGGGGAACUGACCCAAGUUACAGUUGUAGGGGCAGCUAACAUACAAGAGAUGGGGAUUGUAUGUAAAGCUAAAGGUGAACAGAGAAAUUCCAGCUCCCUCCUUCUCUAGCAGGAGAUUGAAGGAUUACUCUCUGGGAAAACUGGCCAAUCCGAAGAAAGAGAUCUGUGAGCCCAAUGCUAGGUAUCCGCCAAAGAAACUCCCUAGCCAGAUCACCCUACUGUGAAGCCCACCUGCCAACAACAUGCACCCACUCACUCAGAGCUGCCAUUGGCUUUUCAGUACCUCAUUCUUACCUAGGAGCUGACUGCCAAGGAUCACCAGACACUGUGAAAAUAGUUCAACAUAAAAAGCAAAACGACAACAAUAGAACACAGAGGAAAAGGAAUAUGAGAGGUAACAGAGCCAACACAAAAAUUAGGAAAACAUUCAAAGAAUGCUAAUACAUUUGCUCGGUGAGAUGAGAAGAUAUUCCCAUCCAAUUUAAAAAGAAACCAGACGCCAUAAAAAUGAACAUACUGAAAGAAAAAACACCCUACAAAAAGAGCUCUUGACAACAGAAAUAAAAAAUUCAGUAGCGGGACUGAAAGUUCCUUUUAAGUGGUCCUGCCAUCAAGAUAUCUCCCUAGUCCAUCUCCUUUCCAAGCCCUCUCAAUUUUUAAGUGUUCUCUUUCUAUGGCCAACAAAUGAAAUUCUGCCUACAAAUAAGCCUGAGCUGCUGUGUAUUGAGUUUGUGUCUGUGUAUUGUGUAUAUAGUUUGUGUCUCAGGUCCAGUGUUUCCUGGUAUAACCAUACAGGUGGUUUAGCAAGUUAACUAGUUAGGUCAGAAGAAUUGAUGGUUGCCAAGUCAGGGAGGGAGAGGGUGGAGGACAGCAUUCUAGUUAAGUUAUGACAAAUGGCAGUGACAAGAAAGUUGCAGAAUAAAGAUGCCUGUGAGAAGCAAUUAAGCACGUACUCAUCCGACCAUAUUGAAGAAAGAAGACCAAAAUCCAUUUGUUUAAGUUUGCAUUUCAAAGAGGAAGAACAUAAUCUCUGUGCUGGGAGGCUGCCUGCUUCCUGGAAUAGAAUGUGUGGGGUGAGAAAACUGGACAAUUAAGGAUUAUUUUUCAAGUAAGAUAUUUGAAAGUUAUUGACAAUAGGGAUAAUGUUGACUGAAGAGGACUUGAUUUGGGAAAACAAUUGAGUGUUGAGGCUCAGUGACAAGGGAAAGAAUCACAACUUCAGAAAUUCAAAAAUAAAGUUGCAAGUUUAUUUUACAACA